UAGCCCAAAUAUAUUUUGCGUCGAUAUACCAGAGGACCAUAACAUAUCAUUAAUUCUUGUAAUUUGUGCGGUCUUGUGGAGAAGAACAUUGGUUUAUGUGGUUGUCACUUUGUUCCCCUGAUUGUAACUGCUGGAACAGUGGACGGCUGCUGGCUUCCAGAGCGCUCGCUGUCAGAACCGCGGGGCUGCGCGUUGACAGAUGACGGGGGCGCGCUUCAACAUCGGAAAAUGUGACACACCGUCCAUGCAGGAGAUGAUGUGAACUCUGACCUCUGGCGGUUGGUGUACUGAUGAUGACGAAGCUAACCGUACUAAAAUUUUGACCCAUCCAACUGCCUCUGAACAGGUCCAAGCACCACCAUGCCUCAGCCAGGUAGCAGUGGGAUGGAGCCUGUCUUUGGUGAGGCCUAUGGGACCAACGGGUUAUCUGUGACCUUAGAGCCAUUCACCAUCUCUCCUACAGGGGGCAGUGCAGAGUCAGACAACUGUCCUAAGGGUGUGGUGGUGAUGUUGGGGGCCCCAGCCCUGUCCCUGUGUCGAGGCCAGCAGUCUGGAUGUGAGCUACUCAGUGAUCUCUUGGAGGAUGUGAUCACUGACGACACACACACCUCCGAGCGUCGCUGGGACAUCUCGGCCCUGGAUGACAUCACACACUACGCCAAAGGCAGCCCAGAGGGGCCACCACCGAGCUGCGAGUGCACCUUAGUCUCACCUGAGGGAGGCAGAGACAAUCCAUGGUUAUCCCUAAGACCAGAUGACAGGCAGCCGAGGAACCCCACAGACCUCACACCCUGUGUAGGGUUGGGGGCUGGACACCUCCUCCUGGCUGGUAGAUAUCCGGAGUCCUGGAGCCAAGAGGCUGGAGGGCGGGAGAGUGAAGCUAGGGAAGGGCUGCAGCAGGUGGGGCAGGAAGAGAUGGUGCACAACUACUCUCUGCAGAGUGAGCCAGACACUGAGUCUAGUCAAGGAACAGACAGCGAUAUUGAAGAGGAAGAGGGGGAGAAGGAGGAAGAUGGGAAAGAGGAAGAGGAGAAGGGGACAGAAGCCAUGGAGGAAGGGAAAGGGAAGGAAGAGGAGGAGCUUCAGUCCCAUAAGAGACAAAAGAAACGCCGGCGUUACUGGGAAUGUAGCCUGGGGAGAGAUGGAGAGAAAGAUAGACAGAGAGCCGAAGAGAGAAAUGAAGAAAGAGAUGAAGAUAAAUAUGAAGGGGAUAUAAUCUGUGGCCCUAGCACCCUACCCACCACCAUGUGCCUGAAAGAGGGGAUCUCCACCAAUGGUAAGCGAGGCCAGAGAAAAGCCCGUCGUACAGAUGCCAGUGACCUGACCCCCAGCCCUGGGAAGCUACAGAGCUUGGGAGAGCAGCUCCAUACACUCAGCUCUGCUCUGGAGGGCCUGACUCCUGUCAGUGACCUGCCUGUUACUGCCAGGACCCCAACACGAAAGGAGAGGAACAAACUGGCCUCCAGAGCAUGUCGGCUUAAGAAGAAAGCCCAGCAUGAGGCCAACAAAAUCAAACUGUGGAGUCUGAACCAGGAGUAUGAUGGCCUGUUGUGGGCAGUGCUGCAGAUAAAGGAGUUGAUCCGCCAGAGAGUGGAGAGCAGAGAGGAAGACACAGAGAGAGGAUGUCUGAGAGAGAGACUGGAAGACAUUCUGAAGGAAUCAGCUGGGCCACGUGUAGCAGGACGAGGCAAAGCGUUUGUGGAGAGGAUCUUGAAGAACCCUGCCCGGGGACAGAGCACCAGUGAGACUAAGGGAGAAGGAGGGUCAUCAGACCCUAGCCACUAACCUCUUCUCCCCACCAGAGUCACU